AUGGGCGCCAAAGCAAGGCGGCCGAACCACCGUGAAGGGCGGCGUGGUAGCAACAAUGAAAAUAACCAUCAUGAUGGUUCCGGUGGCGGUGCUGGUGGAGAUGCGCGCUUAAAAAUCCCUAAUCAACGCGGUGAACAUAUGCGACACAAUGACAUGAAAUCCACUACCUCAGUGUUGUCCGGGGCGAAGGUUGCCGACGUUAAUUGUGGCAGUGAAGGAAGUAAAAGCUUCGUGGCAGUUUCCCUGAAUGUCCGUUCAGAUAGUUGUUUGCCCUCCAAUGAGGCACGGCUUUCGCCUCACUCUUUAAAGGAGUUAGGAAUCAUUAGUGGAGCGGUGUUGUGUGUGGAAGGUGAUGGAUCUGUUCGGGCAUUCGUAGAGGCAUUUUGUUCCUCUUCAUGUGCUUCACAGACCAUUAUGCUUGCUGAUGAAGUGGCUGCUGCAUUCAGUGGGAAACAGGUGACUGUAUCUGUUGCUAAGGACAUCUGUCCUCUAAUACCGCUCUCGUCUCUGGUUUUGGAAAUAACAAAGGAAGCACGAAUCGCUGUUGGUGCAGAUGGGUUGACAAGCUCCACCGACAUUCCAUUCCUUCAAGUGUGUUCUGCAUUUCGCCGGCGGUAUCAACGGCGGCUGGUGUUCCGCGGGAUGCGAGCUGCCUUGCAUGUUGGCACGGUUCCAUAUUACGUUGAUGUGUUGGAAUGUUGUUGUAAAUCCGUAGCUGAGGGAUGCGUUGAGGGCGAUACGGAUGUCCGACAAAUCGAUUUGGGGAUUCUUAUCGAUGGGUCGAAGAUUAGGUAUAUUGGGCGCGGUACAGUCUGUGAAACUGAGUUGUUUGAUGGCGAACCUGUGCCGGUUGGGGUGGAAAAAAAGCAAUCUCACUUACUCGUGUUGGGGGAUACAGGCACCGGUAAGAGUUACUUUUUGAGGAGGGAGGCGCAUGAGGCUGCAACUCUUCACUCACGGCAGGUGGAAACGGUGAGUGUUGAGGUGUUGUCUCAGGGAAACAUGUGUGAUAUCUCCUCUUCGACCGUUCUUCGAGAAGUAUUUGUUCGCGCGAAAGCUGGCGCCCCGUCCACGGUAAUCAUUGAUGACCUUCAUCUUGUCUGUGCCACUGGAGACAAUGGAGUUGUUGAAUCUGGGUGGGCAAAGGGACUGUUAGCGUCCACUCUGGCUAGUGAACUAGAUGACAUUCGGAUUCGUCAGUUGGAUGUACGCGUUGUGGGUUCUGCUGCUUCUGUGGAGUCUUUACCACGGUCACUACUAACAUACGACCGUUUUGGUGAGCAGGUAAAAUUACUGGCACCUGGGUCCGCAGAGGAGCGUCGCGAGUUCCUUCAAAACCGUCUGAAAACAUUUGGGGGGCAAGCGAAAGUUACGGCAAGUUUUGUUUCUCUAGCGGCUGAGUCGACGAAUGGCUUCACUCAGCGGGACCUCGUUCGAUUACUUGACGUGGCAUCCAUUGAAGCAUUUAAGGAAACUGGGAAGACUGAAAUAACCGAUUCCUCUAUAACAGAGGCGAUAAAGAUUGUGCCUCCAUCUGCUCUUAGACAGUUUCAGGUUUCUAUUCCGUCCGUAAAAUGGAGUGAUAUUGGGGGUAGCGAAGUGGCCAAAAAGACGCUGCAGGACUGUGUGGCAUGGUGCCUCGGAAAGCAGCAGUGGGUGUUUCGUAAGUUCAAUCUUUCACCACCGAAAGGAGUCCUCUUGUACGGUCCCCCGGGGUGCAGCAAAACAAUGUUGGCGAAGGCGCUCGCCAAUGAGUCUAAAAUGAAUUUCGUUUCGGUUAAAGGGCCUGAGGUAUUCUCAAAGUGGGUCGGUGACAGCGAGAAGGCAGUUCGUGACAUUUUUGCGCGUGCUCGUGCCGCCGCACCAUGUGUUGUCUUCAUCGAUGAGCUUGAUGGUAUGUGCGGACAUCGUGGUCGUGGUGGUGUGGCAGAUCGUGUUAUUUCUCAAUUUUUAACCGAACUAGACGGUCUUCCUGCUGCUCUCAACGAGGGUACAGAUGCAUUGGUGUUUGUCGCCGCCACAAAUCGCCCUGAUAACAUAGACCCGGCGGUUCUACGUCCUGGUCGCAUAGACCGAAAGGUUUAUGUUGGGCUGCCGGACAUCAAUGAGCGGAAGAUGAUUGCCAGCAUUCAAUUUCGAAAUAUACCUUUAUCGCCGGAACUCGAUGCGGAUUAUGUGGCUGCUCGGACGGAGGGUUACACUGGCGCCGAGGUUGUUGCAGUUAUCAAGGAAGCAGCCUUUCAGUGUGUGACGGCUGGGGUAAAGAGUCCGUACAUUUCUACCGAAAACGUUGAUGCCGCGUUGCAGAAGGUGAGGCCCCGCGUCAGCCCCAUGGACGUGGAAUGGUAUAAACGAUGGGCACUUGGGCAAAGUGUGUCGAUGAAGUAA